GCCAUCCCGCGCUUUGUGGGCUGGAAGGCCCGGGCCAGGACGCGCGUCCUGCGUAGCCAAGGUCCCCCAGCGCCCCCUACAGCUGCACGUGGGGGGAGACAGAGCCAGAUCCUGCGCCUCCACACCACGCCCAGGACCCCACCCAGAGGCCUGCGCCCCAGGACCGCUCAAGCACCCGCACCUCCAGGCCUCAGAAACCGGGCGUGGGGCCCGGAGGGCGCGCGGCAUCCCAGGCCGCCCUCGAUCGGGACCUGUGGCUGGCAAACUCCCUCUCCCUCCGUCUGUGUGGCUGUCCCUCCUUCCCUCUCGCCUGCCGGCGCCGGACACGCUGUGCUUCAUCUCUUGGGGCGCUCUUCGCCUAGGCCAACCGUCGCAUCCAGUGCAACUUCGGUGAAGUGGCCGUUUGGUGUUGAAUGUUCCCCACCGAGAGCGCAUGGCUGCGGAAGCGAGGCGCGGACCCGGUCCCCGAGGGGCCGCCGUCGGGGAAGCGGUGAUGCUACUGCUGUGCCUGGGGGUCCGGACUGGCCACCCCUACAACGUGGACACUGAGAGCGCCCUGCUUUACCAGGGCCCCCCCGGCACGCUGUUCGGUUACUCAGUGGUGCUGCACAGUCACGGGGCGAACCGCUGGCUCGUCGUGGGGGCGCCCACUGCCAACUGGCUUGCCAAUUCUUCUGUGGUCAAACCCGGGGCGAUUUACAGAUGCAGGAUCGGAAAGAAUCCAAACCGGACUUGCGAACAGCUCCAGCUGGGUAGCCCUCAUGGAGAACCUUGUGGAAGGACUUGUUUGGAAGAGAGAGAUAAUCAGUGGUUGGGUGUCACACUUUCCAGACAACCAGGAGAGAAUGGAUCCAUUGUGGCUUGUGGGCAUAGAUGGAAAAAUGUAUUUUACAUCAGGAAUGAAAAUAAGCUCCCUACUGGUAUUUGCUAUGGAAUGCCUUCUAAUUUACGAGCAGAACUGAGUAAGAGAAUGGCUCCAUGUUACCAAGAUUAUGUGAAAAAAUUUGGAGAAAAUUUUUCAUCAUGUCAAGCUGGAAUAUCUAGUUUUUAUACAGAGGAUUUAAUUGUGAUGGGAGCCCCAGGAUCAUCUUAUUGGACUGGCUCUCUUUUUAUCUACAAUAUAACUACAAAUAAAUACAAGGCAUUUUUAGACAAAGGCAAUCAAGUAAAAUUUGGAAGUUAUUUAGGAUACUCAGUUGGAGCUGGUCACUUUCGGAGUCAGCAUACUACUGAGGUAGUUGGAGGAGCCCCUCAACAUGAGCAGAUUGGUAAAGCAUAUAUAUUCAGCAUUGAUGCAAAAGAGCUAAACAUCUUAUAUGAAAUGAAAGGUAAAAAGCUUGGCUCAUACUUUGGAGCAUCUGUCUGUGCUGUGGACCUCAAUGCAGAUGGCUUUUCAGACCUCCUCGUGGGAGCUCCCAUGCACAGUGCCGUCAGGGAGGAAGGAAGGGUGUUCGUGUACCUCAACUCUGGUUUGGGAGCAAUAAUGAAUGAAAUGGAAACAGUGCUCAUUGGAAGUGACAAAUAUGCUGCAAGAUUUGGAGAAUCCAUAGUUAAUCUUGGCGACAUUGAUAAUGAUGGCUUUGAAGAUGUUGCUAUUGGGGCUCCCCAAGAAGAUGACUUGCGAGGUGCUAUUUACAUUUACAAUGGCCGAGUAGAUGGGAUCUCAGCAAGCUUCUCACAGAGAAUUGAAGGACUUCAGAUCAGUAAAUCAUUAAGUAUGUUUGGACAGUCUAUAUCAGGACAAAUUGAUGCAGAUAAUAACGGAUACAUGGAUGUGGCAGUUGGUGCUUUUCGGUCUGAUUCUGCUGUGUUGCUAAGGACAAGACCUGUUGUGAUUGUCGAAGCAUCUUUAAGCCACCCUGAGUCAGUAAACAGAACGAGAUUUGACUGUGUUGAAAAUGGAUUGCCCUCUGUGUGCAUGGAUCUAACACUUUGUUUCUCAUAUAAGGGCAAAGAAGUUUCAGGUUACAUUGUUUUGUUUUAUAACAUGAGUUUGGAUGUGAACAGAAAGGCAGAGACUCCAUCCAGAUUUUACUUCUCUGCUAAUGGAACUUCUGACGUGAUCACAGGAAGCAUUCAAGUAUCGAGCAAAAGAGCUAAUUGCAGGACACAUCAAGCAUUUAUGCGGAAAGAUGUGCGGGACAUCCUCACCCCCAUUCAAAUCCAAGCUGCUUAUCACCUUGGGCAUCACAUGAUAAGUAAGCGUAGCACAGAGGAAUUCCCACCACUUCAACCAAUCCUUCAGCAGAAGAAAGAAAAGGACAUGAUUAAAAAGACGAUAAACUUUGCAAGGUUUUGUGCCCAUGAAAACUGUUCUGCUGACUUACAGGUUUCGGGAAAAAUUGGAUUUUUGAAGCCAUAUGAAAAUAAAACCUACCUUGCUGUUGGGGGCAUGAAAACGUUAAUGUUGAAUGUGUCCUUGUUUAAUGCUGGAGACGACGCAUUUGAGACCACUCUGCAUGUCAAGCUACCCACAGGUCUUUAUUUCAUUAAGAUUUUAGAACUGGAAGAAAAGCAAAUAAACUGUGAAGUAACAGAUAAUUCUGGCGUAGUGAAACUUGAUUGCAGCGUUGGUUACAUAUAUGUAGAUCAUCUCUCACAGAUAGAUAUUAGCUUUCUCCUGGAUGUGAGCUCACUCAACAGAGCAGAAGAGGAUCUCAGCAUCACAGUGCAUACCUCCUGUGAAAAUGAAGACGUGGACAGGCUAGAGAAUAACAAAGUGACUUUAGCAAUACCUCUGAGAUAUGAGGUUAUGCUAACUACUCAUGGGUUUGUGAACCCAACUUCAUUUGUGUAUGGAUCAAGUGAGGAAAAUGAGCCUGAAGCAUGUAUGACAGAGAAAAUGAACUUCACUUUCCACGUUAUCAACACUGGCAUUAGCAUGGCUCCAAAUGCGAGUGUGGAAAUAAUGGUACCAAAUUCUUUUACUCCUCAAACUGAUAAACUGUUCAACAUUUUGGAUGUCCAGACAACUAUUGGACAAUGCCAUUUUAAAAAUUAUGAAAGACAGUGUGUAUCAGAGCUGCAAAAGGGUACACUGGAGACCUUGAGGGGCAUAUUCAAAUUCUUGUCGAAGACUGAAAAGAGGCUGUUGUACUGCAUGAAAGCUGAUCCACACUGUUUAAAUUUCUUAUGCCAUUUUGGAAAAAUGGAAAGUGGAAAAGAAGCCAGUGUUCACAUCCAGUUGGAAGGCCGGCCAUCCAUUUUGGAAAUGGAUGCAACGUCAGCACUCAAAUUUGAAAUAAGAGCAACAGCCUUUGCAGAACCACAUCCAAGAGUUAUUGAGCUAAACAAGGAUGAGAAUGUUGCACAUGUUCUACUAGAAGGAGUACAUCAUCAAAUACCCAAACGUCAUUUCACAAUAGUGAUUAUUUCAACUAGUUUGCUACUUGGACUUAUUGUACUUUUAUUGAUUUCGUAUGUUAUGUGGAAGGCUGGCUUCUUUAAAAGACAAUACAAAUCUAUCCUACAAGAAGAAAACAGAAGAGAUAGUUGGAGUUAUGUCAACAGUAAAAGCAAUGAUGGUGAUUAAAAACAGAUUACAAGAAGACAUGAAUUUUUCUCAGAUUCUUCCAUAUACUCCUUUGCUUUGGACCUGAAUUCUGUCUUAAUUGGAGGGAAUAAUUCAAGCAGUGAUCACUGAAAGAGAAUAACUGCAAAGGCAAUACUUAAUAGCUGAAAGGUCAACUUUAGAUAUAAUGAGUAGAAAAACACUACAGCCUUUGAAUUAUUCAAAAAAAAAAAAACCUAAACCCUUGCAGAUAUAUUAAGUACAUCUGAAUUGAAUCAUCUUGAACUUCAUAUGUGCUCACUUUGGCCAAGAAAAUCCACUGAAUGGGCAUUGGUUCAUUUCAAAUACAUCUUUGAGAUGUAUAUGAAGCAUAUUUUUAAAAAUAAUUUAGAAUUUUAAAGCAGUGUCCCUGAAUCUUUUAAUGAAUGAAAGAGGAAGACCAUUACUUCAAAGCAUGUUUUAUUUUUAAAGAUCUGCAUUUGUAACACAUUUUGUAUGGCAACUGUUUUACUCCAAAAUGAUAUACUGGUUUCAACUUAAUGGACUGACUUGUGGAGAAUUAUACAGCUACGGAUUUUCCCCCCUGUAUAUAUACAUUUUUUUAAAGAAUAUAAACUUUGCUAUAGGUAUAAAUCCACUAGCCUCCUAUAAUACACUUGUCAAGAGUACCCAGGAGUAAAUUUUUUUAAAUCUUCAAACUUUUUUGUUUAUAAAACUAUUCAAGUAUUCUAAUUUAUAUUCUGAAACAGAUUGUAAAUGUUGCACUUUAGCUGCUAUACACUGAUAUAAGAAAUAUGAAAACUAUGCCUCCAUAGUGAUUUAUAAAAGCUGUUCCAGGAAUGAUUUGGAGGCUAACAUUUCAUCUGUUGGGUACUGUAUUAAAUAGUCACUGUCCCAAAUUAAGCAAACAUUUGCCUGGUUGUAAUAUUUCAUUACUCUUUUGGAAUAUGUUCUUAUCAGGUCUAUAACAGCAUUCACUUCUCCAGGGAAAUGGAGGAACAAAAUUCAUAGUUCACUGAAUAUUUCCAUACAGUGAACAUUAAUAAUGUUUAAAGUUUGUUGAUAUUAAGAUCUAUUUUAAAGUGAAAUAGCUUUCUGAAUUUUAAAUAUUUAUUUUCAUGCCUGUGAUCUAGAUGCUGGUGACUUUGGAAUAUAAUUUCAUCUGGAUCUCUUUAUGUGUAUAAGAAACCUAUGGCCAACUUUUGAACAUCUGUUCUAGGAAGCAAUCAAGUAGAUAAAUAAGAAAACAGUCUUUACUGUGGGAAAUACUGCUUUGCAUAAGGGCUCUGCUGCCAGCUGUCCCAUUCCUCAGAUUUUCUGAUUCAUGGAAGUUACUUAUUCACAAGCCUGAGACUGGUGGCUGGAGAAUGAGAAAUGUACUGUGAUUUGCCAAGGCAUUUAUUUGAGCAAAGUUGAACACAAAACCUCCUUAACUGUGUACAAGCAAAAC